CAUCUCACCUGCAUCCUCUCACUUGACAACAUCCAGCCCACAUAAAGGAAGUAUUUGCUGCUUGCUGUUCUCGCCGCCAGGCCUGCCAUUCCUGUGUUCUCAUAGGACUCUCUGAUUUCAUUUAUUGAAUUCAGAUUGGGCACGUUCUCGUGACCAGGCCGCAAGAAGCUUUUACUCCCUUUAUGUGUCUCAUUUUCGUUGUUGAUUUCAUGCACGUAUUUCGAGUCAGGGCUGCUCACUUGCUUUCCAAAGCCUGGGUGGGAAAGGGCAAACUCGAUUCUUCGAGGGUUUUCGUCUUCAAAGUGAUUUAUCUUGCAACGGCAGCACCAUGACCGACUCAUCAUCGACAAAUCCGCCGUGGGCCACACGUGUGAAGGCCGUCCUGGUCUCUUCAUCUACUCGCGAGAAUCCCUCUGUUGCUGGUUUUCGUCUUGCGUAUGAUAGAAUUACUAACCAAGGAUGCAUUUCUCUCAGUAUCAAGGCAAAUCUAUCGAAUCGUCCGAGCGGCGAAGAAGAUACGCUGAUAUUGAGAAUCCCUCCCGAGUCAGUCAAGACAUGUAGCUUAAUCUCGGCGAGCGACGAAACACUCUGUUCGGAUUAUUUUGCUUCGAAGCUUCCGACAAGAGUAAAAAACGUUCGAGACGUCUCAACACUGACACUGGAACUUGUACGGGCGCCUGCGGAGGGGACGGUUCUUUGCUCGUCUGAGAUGUCAUCUCUACUCCCUGCGGCUCAUGGAGACUGGAACUUCGCUGCUUUUGCAAGGGUUUGUGAAUUCACAUCUCUACGUAUCCACUUUGCCGCGCGACAAUUCGUGGGUGGUGAACUCGGGAUCUUGAAGACCUUGGUCCGUGGCCUUGAGACAAGAAGCCUUAGGGCAGUAUCUUUCGAUAACUCUCGCCAAGGUCUGGUGGAGAUAGUUUGGAAGGACCUGAAUGUGUCGCUUGAGCGACCGCCAGAUUAUGAGGAGCCUGCGCCCGAGCAGGUCAAGCAAGUGGAUCCACCCCCAUAUAAUGAGGAACCCAAGUCAGCGCAUGUAGGCGGGAAACGGGCCCGAGACUACUCGUUAAUGCCAUCAUCCGAGGAUGACAGACGAAAGAGACCACUCUUUACCUCCCCGGAACCGCCCUGCUGUCCCACCGAAGUCAAUACGCCGAGUACUCUCCCCCCGUCACCGGCCUCAAUUCGUCCCACCGAGUUCACACGCCGUUCCUCUCCAAGCCGUACAGAGCGUGACACACUUGCACGUCUUGAACAUAUGCUCAGUGGUGCUUCCGCUGACCUGAUCCGCAAACUAUUGAUUCGAUUAGCAUAUCGAUGCCUACAGGCUCCACCUGGAGACCCCGAGGAUCAUCUGCUGUCUGACUUCGAGAAAUUUCCUUCUGCCCGGAUGGAAUCCAUGGAACGCCGCCUCGAACGCAUUGUCGAGGAGAAGAUGAAGUUUUUCAUCGAACCACACAUCCUCGAUGCGAUCAUCGAUAGUGCUGUAAGCGAGUGCCGGGAUCAGUUCCUGGAUGAAUGCCACCUUCACGAGACCGAGUUUCGCGACCAGGUCGAGGACGGUAACGCCGAGGUUCGUAUUACAGCCAACGACUGCAUGAAGGAAAUGGAAGAACAAGCCCAACGGCAUCUGGAGGAGAUCAGAGAGCAAGCGCAGCAGCAUAUGCAUAAAAUCGAGGACCAGGGAAUAGAGGCGGAGAUAUCCGUGGAGAACAAGGUCGCGAAAUUAAAGCAUGAGUUAAAGAUGUCGGCGCGGUCUUUACCCGGUCGCGAGGCAAGGCUUACUAGCCAGGAAAUAAGUAGCCCCAAGGGCAGACGCAGCUCUAUUUAGUGCCUUGGUUAGUAGGCAUGCAUGCAUCACUUCCAGUUAGCAUUGUUGUCGUGGACUUAUGUUUAUAGGCUCACUGGUUUGUUGGUGAAAGGGCUAGCGGGGGCAGCAUCCAAUCGCAAAAUCCCAUCUCUUGUUUCUAUCUGCCAGAUUAUAGGAGGGAUAUCCGAAACUCGAGAUUGAUGAAUGUCUUGUAAGUCCAGGCCAUGGGUACUGGCUGCUCCCUGCAGUUCCCGCCAAUUAUACUACUAGGUAAUGGAUCUUCCGGCUAGCCCUAAGUAAAACAUGACGACUAAGGCCUAGGAUGUUUAAAGCAUACUAUAAGCAAGCCUAGAGCCUAGGUGCCUACUACCUAAGUACUCUAAUGAAUCUCGGGUUUGCUCGCUGCGCGUUUAGAAAUCAG